AUGAAUUCCGAUCAUUUUCAGCAGAAUCCUCAACAUCACGACUUGCCAUGGGACUUUCAAGCUUCGGAGAAUAUUGGGACAACAGCACAAUCGCAAGCUGCUGACAUAUUUCCAUCAUUUGACGGUCUGCCUCGAAUCGGUCAAGAUCAGUACUUCAUGGCUAGUUCAUCAUCAUCCCCCAUGCCCAACAAUGGCUACAACCUCAAUACAUCCCAAAUGGCGAAUUCUCAAAAUCUAAAUUCGUGGACGCAUCAAGCGCCACCAAAUCCUGGUUUUGGAGACGGUGGGAAUGAUUACUCCUACGAUUGUCCGGAUAAUCUCUCUGGCCUUGAACAAGAACAGUCUCUCAAAGCUUUUGAUAGCACUCCUCGAACUACUUGGCAACAGCCAUAUGCUAACAUGACCGUGACUUUACCGGUAUAUCCUUUUGAUGCCCGCGACAAUCUUGGACUCAUGGCGCCAUCGAGGGCGGAGUAUGGGGGAAGACUUAACGAUUGCAUCAUGAUGGACGCAACACACAAGUCACUGGAUUCCACGUCCCCCUCCAGCCUAUGCUCCGAGGAUGAUGGACACAGCUCGCGAGAGCCUAUGGCAAUGGAUAUCGAUGCUGAUGGCCACGGCGCGGAUGAGCAGCCAUAUGCAAAGUUGAUCUAUCGAGCACUGAUGAGUGCGCCAGAUCAUUCCAUGGUUUUACAGGAAAUUUACCGUUGGUUCCGGGAAAACACCACCAAAGGGAGUUCGGACACCAAAGGUUGGAUGAACAGCAUUCGUCACAAUCUUUCAAUGAACGCUGCAUUCAAAAAAACGGAACGAAAGAUCCCUGGAGAAGAGACGAAAAAGUCUACUGAGUGGGUUCUAGAAGACUUCGCCAUCAGAGAUGGAGUGCAGUCUACAACGAGAUAUCGCAAAGGGAUAGGCAACAAGAAAUACGUCAAAGCAGAAAGCAACACAAGUCAAAGCUAUCCGAGUCGGCACAAUUAUACUGCGAUUCGGAAGCCUUCGUUUCACUCCGUAAGCAAGGGCAAAUUACAACGCCAACGAGGGAGGGACGAUCCGAUCUCAAGACGAAUGAUUCCGACAUCUUCCAGAUCCGAAUCGGCAAGAUACUCAAGUGGCCAGUUUCAUGCCUCGAACGUUACUUCUGUGUCGAGAUCUCCGCGAAGGUCGCCUCUGACACCGGUUCCAGAAAGAGCUGGAACUUACAGUCCAGUCAUUAAAGAGGAAAACUACAAUCCUGCGUACGAACUCUACAGCCUCGAAGAUUGCCAAGGAGUGCUUCCCGAUGACCACGACCCGAUUUUUAUGGACAACCAAAAUUCACAGUUUAUGCAAGUUCAUCCGAUGUGUGGCAGCAACCAAUACUAA